AUGGUUCUUAAGAAUUCUAAAUGGGACAAGAAAGCAAAAUACAAAUAUAUGAAAAAGCACGGAAUAGCUCCAUCCAAGCCAACACCCAUGGCCUCCGAAACCUCGCAUUCCAAAUGGUCAUCCAAGAAACAAAUAGAUUCAAAUGAGCCAACACUAGAAGAUUCUGAAGAUGAAUGGGAUUCCGAUGUUGAUGAAGCAUUGAUAAACCAUUUCUAUCCCCAAUUGGCAGAUUCAUCUGGGGAAUUAUCACUUGAACAGAAGAUCAAGAUUAAGAAACAGAUCUUACAAGAAUUGGAAGAGAACAAUGAGGGUGCCGAAGAAGAAGGAGAGGGCGUUGAAGGAGAAGAAUUGGAUGGGAUAUACCUUGGAUCAAAGGAGAAUCAAGAUCAGGAAAUGCAGAGUCAAAAGACAGAAAAGUUCAACUUGGAAGAAUUUAUGUUAAAUAUUGAAAACAAACCCAAAAAGACUAGAAAACUAUUAAGUAAUAAGAUGUCUGACAAUUUCCUAGAAGAGUAUGGUUUGUCAAGCUAUUCCGAUAUAACUAAACAAACGGAUGAUUAUAAUGAUAUGUAUUUUAAAAAACUUAAGAAUCGGAAUAUUGAACAAAUUUCCGCGGCUGAACUUGACGGGUUUGUGAUUGGAGAGAGUAGUUUGAAUGAUAAUAGGAAGCCCGCCGAGUCUAAAGGGGCACAUGUGAGAUAUUUGACGGAAGAAGAAAAGAAACAGGAUGAAGCUAGGAAUGAAUUGGUAAAACAACAGAAAUUCUAUAAUGAAAUCAAAACUAAGUUUGAUUCAGAUAAGAAAGUGAUAAUGAAGAGGAAAGUAAUUGAGAUUAAUAAUUUCAAUGCAGAUGAUGAAUCUCAGAUGGAUGCAUUGAAUAAGAAAUUAGCUCAGACGGAUAUUGCCAGUGGGAAUAUAGAUGAUGAUAUUGACUAUCUUUUGGGUAUUGAUAAGAAUCAAAAGAGUCAACCGGAGGAUAAUCCUAAGAAGGUUGGUGAAGAUUUUGAUUCAUUCUUUAAUGAAGUCACUAGUAAAGAGGAUAAGAAAUCUAACGUGAAGUCAGAGAAACCAAAGUUUCAAUUUGAUAAACAAGAAGAUGAAGAUUUCUUGAAUGGAUUGUUAAAGUAA